AAUGGUUCGUUGGUUUCUUCUGGAACCAUCUCCUCCCCUUAAACCCUGCACAGCGGGUUUUACUUUCUUGCUCUCUAGCCUCGUUAGAGUUUUGAGUUCCAGCCAAUAAGAAACCAGUAAGGGAGUAAUUGUUUAUCUGUUUAGGGCUUUUAUCUGCAUUCCUCUGCAAGCUUCUUUAGAGUCCAAUGGCACCCGUCCUAAGCAGGAGCUUGGCUUCAGCUUCUGUUGCCUCUCUUCCUUCGUCAUCAUCAUUUUCGGUGAAGAACCACAAUAAAGUUUCGAAUUUCAGAACUUCUUUUAUACCCCGGAACGCUUUGAGACAUGGAUUUCCUGCUUGUGGAUUGAAAUGGAAGCUCGAUAGGAAAAACAAUCGAUUGGCUGUCCGCUGCGAGGCGGCCGUCGCUGAGAAAGAAGCCGAGGACGCCUCUGCUGAGAAGUUCGAGUACCAGGCGGAGGUCAGUCGACUAUUGGACUUGAUAGUUCAUAGUUUAUACAGUCACAAGGAAGUGUUCCUUCGGGAGCUUGUGAGCAAUGCAAGUGAUGCUCUAGAUAAGUUGAGAUUCUUGAGCGUGACCGAACCUUCUCUUCUAAGUGAUGCUGGUGAACUGGAGAUACGCAUAAAACCUGACCCAGACAAUGGGACCAUCACCAUAACAGAUACUGGUAUUGGGAUGACCAAAGAGGAGCUCGUUGACUGUCUUGGAACUAUUGCUCAAAGUGGAACCUCAAAAUUCUUGAAGGCUCUUAAGGAGAAUAAAGAUGUUGGAGCAGACAAUGGCUUGAUUGGUCAGUUUGGUGUUGGGUUCUAUUCUGCAUUUCUUGUUGCUGAGAAGGUGGUUGUGUCUACAAAGAGCCCAAGGUCAGAUAAGCAGUAUGUCUGGGAGGCAGUAGCAGACAGUAGCUCAUAUGUGAUUAAGGAAGAGACUGAUCCUGAAAAAUUUCUACGUCGUGGAACACAAAUCACCCUUUAUUUAAGGCCAGAUGAUAAGUAUGAAUUCUCUGAGCCAAGCAGGAUACAAGGUCUGGUGAAGAAUUACUCUCAGUUUGUUUCCUUCCCCAUUUACACAUGGCAAGAAAAAUCAAGAACUGUUGAGGUAGAAGAGGAAGAAGCAAAGGAGGGAGAAGAAGCAAAGCCUGAGGGUGAGAAGAAGAAGAAAACUGUAACUGAGAAAUACUGGGAUUGGGAAUUAGCCAAUGAAACAAAACCCAUAUGGAUGCGGAACCCAAAGGAAGUUGAGAAAGAUGAAUACCAUGAGUUCUACAAGAAGACAUUUAAUGAGUUCUUGGACCCACUUGCAUACACCCACUUCACUACUGAGGGUGAGGUGGAAUUUAGAAGCGUACUUUACAUUCCUGGAAUGGCUCCUCUUAACAACGAGGACGUAAUAAACCCCAAGACAAAGAAUAUCCGACUGUAUGUGAAACGUGUAUUCAUUUCAGAUGAUUUUGAUGGUGAGCUGUUUCCACGGUACUUGAGCUUUGUAAAAGGUGUGGUGGAUUCGGAUGACCUGCCUCUCAAUGUUUCUCGAGAGAUACUUCAAGAAAGUCGAAUAGUAAGGAUCAUGAGAAAGAGACUUGUUAGGAAAACAUUUGAUAUGAUUCAGGAGAUAUCUGAAAGUGAGAACAAAGAGGAUUAUAGGAAAUUCUGGGAGAACUUUGGAAAGUUUCUUAAGUUGGGAUGCAUUGAGGACUCAGGCAACCAUAAGCGCUUCACACCCUUGCUGCGGUUCUACUCCUCCAAAAGUGAAGAAGAACUUACUAGCUUAGAUAACUAUGUUGAGAACAUGGGUGAGAACCAAAAGGCUAUCUAUUACUUGGCAACAGACAGUUUGAAAAGUGCAAAAACUGCCCCCUUUUUGGAAAAGCUGGUCCAAAAGGAUAUUGAGGUUCUAUAUCUAAUAGAGCCUAUUGAUGAAGUUGCCAUCCAGAACCUGCAGACCUACAAAGAAAAGAAAUUUGUUGACAUCAGCAAGGAAGAUUUAGAGCUAGGUGAUGAAGACGAGGUCAAAGAAAGAGGAAAAAAGCAAGAAUACAAUCUUCUUUGUGAUUGGAUAAAACAACAGCUCGGCGACAAGGUGGCUAAAGUGCAAGUUUCUAAGCGUCUUAGCUCAUCCCCGUGUGUACUUGUUUCUGGCAAAUUUGGGUGGUCUGCUAAUAUGGAAAGGCUUAUGAAAGCACAGACUCUUGGAGACACUUCUACCUUGGAGUUCAUGAGGGGACGAAGAAUAUUGGAGGUCAAUCCAGAUCAUCCCAUAAUCAAAGAUCUAAAUGCUGCAUGCAAGAACGCUCCUGAUAGUACUGAAGCCAAGAGAGCUGUUGACCUUUUGUAUAAUACAGCCUUGAUUUCCAGCGGAUUCUCUCCUGAAAGUCCUGCUGAGUUGGGGAACAAGAUAUAUGAAAUGAUGGCAAUUGCCCUUGGUGGAAGAUGGGGGAGAUUGGAAUCGGAAGAGAGAGAGACAGAAGCAGAUACCGAGGUUGAAUCCGAUUCAGGUGAUGCUGAAACCUCGGGGACAGAAGUGGUUGAACCAUCAGAAGUGAGGGCGGAAAGCGAUCCUUGGAAGGAUUGAUGUUCCUUUUGUUUUUGGUAGAGCUUCCACAAUUGUUAGCUUUUAUAGGUACGGCUUAGUGGAUAAGAGGUUGAGAGAGCGGAUAGAUAAAAUGCUAUAACCUAUAAGCUGUGAUAUAUGUUUCCUGAGAAACGCAUUUUAAUCUUUAGUAAGAGGAAUGAUAUUGAAUCGUACUGCAAUUUUUGGGACCA